AUAAAAGAUCCUAAAUGGAUCAAAUUUUGAAUAGUUCAAAGAAAAAGUAAAGAGUUGUAAUAUCCUAUUAUAAUAUCUUUGUCAAUAAAAUCCUUAACAAUCAAAAGUAAAUAGUCCCGGGUUAAAUUAAUUUGUAUCCUUUAGCAAUGAAACUGUAUUCUGUAUCCGAUGGUCCACCAUCUCUCGCAUGUCGUCAGGCACUGAAGGUUUUAAAAAUUAAUUAUGAAUUGAUUGAUGUAGAUUUUGGUAAAGGGGAUCAUAUGACUGAAGAAUAUGAGAAGCUUAAUCCUCAAAAAGAAAUACCUGUUUUGGUUGACGAUGACCUUAUAAUGGGAGAAAGCAAUGCCAUUUUACAAUAUCUUGGCGAUAAGUAUGACGUAUCCGGAACAUUAUAUCCAAAGGAUCCAAGAGAACGUGCUAUUGUUAAUCAUCGUCUUUGUUUCAAUCUUGCUUAUUAUUAUCGUAAUAUUUCGGAAUACGUGAUGGCACCUAUAUUUUUUGACUAUAAAAGAACUCCAUUGGGCUUGAAGAAAGUGAAAAUGUCUUUGGAUAUUUUCAAUACUUAUUUACAACGUGAAAAUACAAUAUAUGCUGCUGGUAAUCAUUUAACUAUUGCGGAUUUUCCAUUGAUCACGAGUACAAUGUGUCUGGAGGCAAUUUCUUUCAAGUUGGACCAAUGGCCUUACGUGGAGAAAUGGUAUAGUCAUUUUAAACAAUCUUAUCCAGAAUUGUGGAAAAUUGCAGAGGGUGGUAUGAAGGAAAUAAGUUAUUACGAAAAAAAUCCACCUGAUUUAUCUGAUAUGAAUCAUCCCAUUCAUCCGAUUCGAAAAAUUGUUAAAUAAGCGUACUAAAAUCUUUAAGGUAUGAUUAAAUAUCUCUCAAGUUUUUUGUUUUGCAUUUUAAGAAUUUUUGAUUUUUUUCUAUAUACACAUGCACACAAAAUGCACAAAUUAAUAAAUUGUUCUCUCAUUUCUUAUUAAUAAAUUAAAUUUAUUAUUAUUA